AGUGAGGGCAUAUCGGUAAACUCCAGCAGAGAAGGGCAUGCGGAGUCAUCCACAGUGCGCACCAUUCCCCCGGCGCUGCAAGCAAAAACAUGCCCAAAAGAGCACACGGCCCUUGGCUGGAGGCGGCGGCAGGGCGAAUCUCCUCAGUCUGAGAUAACCCCAAGCUCCCCUCCAUCCCCCUUUCCCCACUCACCACCACCCUCCGCCUCCGCAUCUCGUCUCGCGACGCGGAAACCCAAAAGCCCUAGCCCUAGCCCCAUCGCCACCCGGUAGUAGCUAGUAGUAGACUAGAUCUCUCCACCGGCCGGGCUGCCGACCGAUCGAUCCACGGCGAUGGCGACCAAGGGGAGGCUCGGGGAGGUAAUGUGGGAGCACCGGCUGCAGGCGGCGGCCGCGGUGGCGCUGGUGGCCGCCACGGUGGUGUCGGUCUCGGCCAUCGGGCCCAGGCUCGGCGCCGUGGUCUCCUUCUUCUGGCCGCUGCUCGUCUCCACGGGGUUCUUCCUCGUGGCCGUGGCCGUGCUGCUCCGGAUCUCGCCGCCCCCCUCCAGCGCCAUCGACGAGUCCGGCAAGGAGCUCAUCGACUUCGUCGCCGGGCACCACCACCCCCCGGAGGCGGCCGCCGCGGUGGACGUGCCGCCGGAGCCUGAGAUCUAGAGACCCGGCCGGGGGGCACCGAGGAAGGAAAGCGGCGGCGCGGCCGGCCGGCCGAAUCAGCGGCGCCUCGUCGCCGGGGGGGGGGGGG